UCUCUUUUUCUCUUACAAAGGGAUCAACAUGGACACGAGUAAAUCGCUUCAAUCGAUCAAAGAAAUUACACUUCGAAUACAUAUCAAUAGCUUUGGCGGACACAAUUAUUUUUGAAGUAAGAACAAAUCAUUUAAGAACUAUAACUCGGAAGCUUGUAAAAACUUUCUUAGUUCCCUUUGAUCGCUUCAAGACUUGGACGAUCAGAAUCUAAGAAUUCUGACUUUUUGAUCAUCACACAUCAAUAGCAUAAGUGAAAUCAUGAUAUAAGAAAACAGCUUAAAAAUUAGACUGUUUUAGAUUCGUUUUUCCAUGGUUUCAGAUUUCUACGAUCGCACAAAAACCCUGGUAUUAUCAUAUGUUUGAAAAUUUCAAAAAAUAAUCGAUUUUAUUUGAAACAACAUUCACCAACAUUUUUCCAACUGUUUUACCCAUAUUUGUCAUAUUUUUUAUUUUAAAUAUUUUCUCCUUAAAAUGCCAACGUCUUCGAAAACACGUCGUGACACGAAAAACAAACAACAAAAUAAAUAUAAACUGGAAUAUAUGAAAGAAUCAGAAUCCACAGAUUCAUCGUAUAGAAACGAAACAAAAACGACAACUACUGAAAAGCAAAAACGUCAUGAUCGAAUUUCGCAACAGACUGUAUCCAUACAAAAUUUACAAUUUCCCGAAAUAAACGCCAAAUCGCCCGGAACUUUUAAAGUAAAAUGUCAAAGAAAUGAUUUCAAACAUCCUGAAUCCAGUACAACCCCAGCCAUAGAACGUGGCUAUGAUUUUACCAGUUCAACAAAUUCAUAUUUUGCCCAAAUGGUAUUAACGGUACCGAAAAACAUUCGAGCCAAAUGUACAUCAUCCCCCUCCUCAGAUGUAGAAGCCAUCAAACAUCUCUCUUCAGAUACAUUAAAAAGCUCAAAACCAACCAGAGAACAAUCAACAGCCACAUCACAGCAAAUGAUCGAUAGUCAACAUGAAGGCUCUGAGAAACCUACGAAUUUCCAUGGAGCCCAAUGGCGUAGACCCUGUAAAGAGAGUUUUGUAGCGGGAGCACCACGCAAAUACAUUGGAACUUGUAGCGCCAAUUAUGAACAACUAUCGAAAAUGUCUAAGACAAGACAAAAAUUCUUUCUAACACAAGAUCCACGUAAAGUACAAUGUCUAGUAAAUCCGGAAGUUUUGCGCAGCAAAGAAUAUUCCAAGAAAAAAGAAUUUACGACUUUAACGAAAAUGGUUAAACAUGCACAAAAUGUUUGCGUUGCUACGGCUUCUGAAUCUUCAGAGGAUUUCAUUUGUGAAGUAAUCGAUUUGGAGAAUCCAAUGCAAUUGGAUUUUCAGGGUCUAGACUAUCAGAAUACGUAUCAGAAAGAUGAACAGGAUUUUCAAAAUCAUCGUAACUAUCGUCGAGUAUGCCGCUAUAUGGAGAGAAGGAGAGUAAAGGCUGAAACGAAAGGCACCGUUGAGGCGCAAUUACAUGAAGAAAUGAUAAAUAUACCCAAACGUUUCAAUAUACGAGAUCGUAAUGAACCCGUACAACCCACUCCAAUUGAAACUCCUUUAAAGCUGGGUAAACUUUAUCGUUCAGCCGACAAACCCCGUAAUCAAAAACUAAUAAACUUGGAAAAUGAACGGCGUCGAGAACGUUACAAAGAUCUCUAUCUGCGCAACAAGGAAAGACAAGAGCAGAAAAGACUUGCUGAAGAAGUACGCCAGAAGGUGGAGAACGAAAAUCUAGCCUUGACUUUAGCCGAUGCAAAUCUCAAAAAACUUGUGACAAACAUAGAUGAAACCAUAGAAAGAUGUGCGGGAAUAGAAUUGAAUGUAAAAAAGAAGCUAGAAACUGAAAGACGCAGCUUUCCACAUACUAUGCAAGAGACUAAACAUUUUAAGAGAGAUUUGAAAUAUAAAAAUCUUAUAAAACGUGAUAAAGCCCGAAUCACAAAAGAGUUCUUUUUAGAACGUAAAGACAUAGUUAAGAGGAUACCAGCCACAGAGUUGGAAAUCAGCUCGGAGACUAAUGAACAAUGUAGUGUUAGAGAUUCUAACUUAACCGAGCAGUCCACAAAUGAUGAAGAUAAUCUGGAGGUGGGUAAAGAGGGAAGCAAAUUUAAACUUCGAGGUUUUCAUUAUAAAAUGGACAACAAAUUAAGAGGCAAACUGACACAACACGAGAAGCUGCAGGGAACUCGUAAGGAAAAGACUUGCAUAACACGUGAACAAUGGCUUAAAGAAUUGGCUCCCAAAAAGCAGCAAAUCAAACUGGAUGUAGAGAUGGGCAUACAAAAGUUACGCACACCAGAUGAUGCACAAUUAGUCCUUUUUCCACCACCAUUUGGUUUUAAAGCACCCCAAGCGAAAGGCUCUACCAUAAGAGACUAUAUUCUAAAACCUUUGGGACGGCAUUAUGAACGUGUUAGACGUAAAAAUUUGAAAUUUGCCAAACCACGCUUACGCUAUAAUGUCAAAAAGUUUAAUUUAAUCAGUUAUCGUUUUGGUGAUACUUCGAAAAGAUUUUCUCAGCUUAAGGAUCCUUUGGCCGAUGUAGCUAUUUUAAAACUUAAGAGCACUAAUGAGUUUAUGGCCGCCAAAGCUCUAAGGGAGAAGCGUAGACAAGAACAGAUGAAACAGAAAAGACUACAACUUUUGGGUAUACCCUGUAGACCGUUGAAAAAGUCGCGUUUACAAACAAAAUGUGAAAAUUCUUCUAGUAGUUCCGACAGUGACUGGGUGCCUGCUCAAGAACCUUUAGUAGAUGAAUUAGAGAAAGAAGAUUUACGUCCUCUGGAAAGGGAAAUAAAACCCUUAAAGCUACGUGGCAAUAUGCCAGCACCUAAAUAUCGUGAACCUACUUUACGUCAACAUCCCAGAAAUCCCCGAGAUUAUAACAAACUAAGAGUGCCAUCCGAUAUAUUUGAUCAAAUAGUUUUGAGCACUAACUUGCCCUAUAUGCAAAAAUUGCCUGAGGAUGAGGUGGAGUUAGCUAAUGUCGAGCGACAAAAACGACGGCCCUACACUGAUCUAUUCGAAGCAAGACAUCAUCAUGAUCAUUGGAAAGCCACCCAGGUCAAACAAGUAGAUGUACACUACCAACCACAUUUGGUUCAAGCGGAAAUAACAAAAAUUAAAAAGAAAUCUGAUCGUGUGAUAAUGGAAAACUUUCGUAUGGCUAAUCCUCCCUGUAAUCAAUUUGUUGACAUGGAUCUAAGUUGGCCGCAGUAUAAUUUCGAAGAAAUGAUCAAGGAUCAGCAAAAGAAAAGCAAAAAAACUAAAACAAAACAAUCGGGUAUAGUAAUAUCUCAAGAUAACUGUCAGCAAAAGGACUACAAGUUACAAACUAGAGAUCACCAUGAACUUGAAGAUCUUGAUUAUCCAGGACGCCAAGAAUACUUGCAGUUACUGAAAGAUGCCAAAGAAUUAUAUAAAGAAAGUCAGCAAAUGGCUGAAACAGAAACAAAACUUUAUGUUAAUAAAACGGAUUUAUUCACAGAAUUGGAGGAAGAUUUAAAAAGCAUAGAAAGUUGCUUGACAUCCUUGAGUAGUUCUGUGUGCACAAAUCUUACCAAUGACAGUGGCAGUUAUUUGCUAAUGGAGGGCAAAGAAAAGAUACCUUUGGACUAUAUACGCAAAUCCAUAGUACCCUUUGAGGAAUUGCAAAGAUCACGCUUUCAAGCCGUACCCAUAGAUGUGGAUAAAGAGCAAAACAAUCCUUUCCAAGUGUUACCUUUUGCCGGGCAAAAGAAGGCUCAAUUAGAAUUGACCACAGCCAAAGAUAGUUUUUUUACUUUUAAUACACGUCUUAAGAAUGGUUUACGUCUGCGUUUGGAGGUCCCCAUAGAAGAUGUUAGAGAAAAGCUUUUAGGUCAAGGCACCAACAAACACAAAGGUAUGGUGGCCACCGAUAUCGAGGAAAACUAUGUGGAAGAGUUAAAGAAUAGACCGGCAAUUCAGCAAAUUAAAUUCAAAAGUGGACAAUCCUUUAUCAAAGAUGCUCUACGUUUGAAAUUUGAAUCCCUACUAAUACAGGGACAAAUGGUACGCACUAAAAUCUAUGAUCGCCUAAACGAACAACAUUGGUGCGAUAUGCAAAGGGUUAAGGAAUUGUUUGAGAAACUUUUUGCCAAAUGGGAGAAACGGGAAUAUGAUGCUGCCAUGGCAGUGGUUUAUAAAGUGAAAAAUUACUAUGAUGAGACGGAUCGUUUGAAAACACAAUUAAAAAACCUAGAACGUGAAAUGGUUAUACUCAAUAUGGACAUUGUGUUCAUAGAGGGUCAUUGGGUGCGUUGUAUUAUGCUGCAAAAUUUUCAUUAUUUGCUAGGCGAUCAAGAGUGGCGUGUGCAGAACGAUUGGAUACAUCGUCUCGAAACAGAGCAAGAAGAAUUGGAAAACUUUGAAGUUUCCAUAGCCAAACGUUCUACGUUGAAUAUACGCAAACGUGAAAAGGAUGAUGCCUGGGCUAUAAAAACCUUUUAUGAAGAAGAGUAUUUACGCAAUAAACAUGAUAAUCUAAUAGUAUUUCCCAAUGCCAUAAGUUUCCUAGAGGGUUUGGAGGGUUUAAAAAACAAAACUUUUGUUUUACUACUCGAAAUGCAUUUCACCUUUAAUCUACACACCGAAUUGCAAUACAAAUUGGAAACUUUUGUGGAUUGGUGUGCGCAGGAUUUGCAAGACAAAGAGCAAUUUGUUAGCCGCAAAUGUGCUAAACUAUAUUUUAUGAGUGAUCGCGCCAAAUGGCUAAGUCAACGUACUUUACGUUUUCUGCAACAACCUAUCGAGGAAUGCUUUAAUGAUGUAGCAUUUCAAAGAGAUCGUGCUAUUAUAGCAGAAGCUUGGCGGCGUAUAGUGCCCGCCAGUUUAAGGGGAACUAGUGGUCAACAAUUGUAUACCAUUGAAAUGGUGGCCAUGAUGUCGGAGGUGGUAAUGGAGCUUAUAGCUAAAUUCGAGACCAUACCUAUGGAUUUGGCCCGACAGAGUGAAAACAAACUACGCUCUAAACGAGCUUACUUGCGCAAACUAUCCCAUCAGGCUUAUCACAUAGAGCGGCGUAUUGAUAUGGAAAUGAAAAAAGUGGUUAAGAAUCUUGAACCUCCAUAUCAAAAGCCCAAACGUCAGCCCAGUAAACUACCCCGUUAUUAUAUUAAAAAACGAGCAAAACCUGUAAAAAUCGAAGAAAAGAAAAUAUCCGAACGUGCCAAAUUCUUUUUUCGUGCCUUUCACGAAGAUGGUCUCACUGUGGAUGCCAGCGAGUUUAGGGAUAGUAUUACACAAAUGGACACAACUCAAGAACAAAUUGUACCAUUUUAUUUUGAUCAUUUUCUAAAACUGAAUGGUUACACACCAAAUUAUAAUUUUAAAACACAAAUUGAACUGAGAGAUGGCGCUGAAAUUGAUCGGCUACAAGUUAAAUCGGUUAUACCCGAAAUACAAGAACGCAUGGAACAGUGGGAGGCAAUGAAGAAAAGAAUUAUGGAAGAAAAUAUUGCCCAAAAUCCAAAAAUGUAUAUUAAUGUAAUGACUUGAUUUCGGGAUGGAUUGUUAUUGGAGUUGAAAAUUGUAUUUUGUAUAUUUCUUAAUAAAAUAUUUUAUUACUUAAAGGGUU